CUACGGUUGUUUUUUUGAGGAGGGGGAACGCAUGAAAAAAAAAAAAAAAAAUCUGUAAAUACAAUUUCUGUAAGUGCAAGGGUUUCCUAGGCAGCUGGAGUUAGGCCUGAGAAUGGAAUUGGUCAUUAUUAAUCCCCAAAAAGAAAGCGUGUUCUGAAAUAGAAGCAAAAGAAAGAAAAAAAAUGGCAGCCUCGACGACCGGUGGGAGCAGCAAAGAAGGCACGGCCAAAGCUCUGGUGGCCGAUCAGAUCUCUCAGACCGUUCAGUCCACCUCCAAUCUUCUUCACCUCAUGCAACAGUCCUCCGCUUCUCAGGCCCAACUGAUAAAGCUUCCGAAGGACCUUUUGGCAAAAACCUCUGUAAUCAAGAAUACUGGGCAAGUGUUGGAGCAGAUGCCUCAUGUCAUUUCAUCCUUGGAUGCGCAUAUGGAGAAAGGAUUACAAAGUGUUCCUCGUCUGAAAACAGUAAUCCAGUUACUUGCAAAUAUGGAAAGCUGCCAGCUUAAUUCCAUCUCUCAAGCUCAUCUUUCUCCUGAGAUUUCGGAGUAUCUGCAAAUCCUGAUUGCAUAAUAUGGGAAAAGAUUGGGCAAGUUCAUGACUGAUUGGUUGAGAGCUUCUGCUUCUCAUGAUGAGAUUUUCCGAGGCAAAGCAUGCUCAUUUCCCAGCAGAAACAGAUCACGUAUUUCCCAAAUGUGAUCUAUCCGAGCCGUUCAAAAAUAUAAAUGGGAAGCCCAUUGUUCCUAUCCUUAACGAGCGGAAUCUACCCAACUUUUUGGAAACUGCACGCACGGAGAAGAUAGUCAACCGAACUAGUACCAGGC